AUGACGGUCAACUACUCGCUGGCGGCGGCGACCGCAAAAUGGACCAACUUCUUCAAGCUGCUCAUCCGGUGGAGGGGAUCCCUGUGGAAGCUCGUCAUCUUUGAGUACAUCGCCUGGCUGUUCUGGACGAUCGCCCUGAUGCUCCUCGCCGAGUUCUUCGUCCUGGAGACGUCACUGGAGAAGCCGCUGCGCGAUCUCACCCACUUUUUCCAACGCAACGACAUUGGGACGGGGCUCAGCUUCAUGCUCGGCUUCAUCACGCCGUACUGCUACCAGCGCUGGAUGGACAUGUACGUACUCCUCGAAUGGCCCGACAACACGGCCCACGUCUUCAACACGUGCGUUCAGGAAGAUGCGCUAACCCCAAAAGAAAUGGACAAGCUGCGGAAUUGCGUGGCCCGCUACCUGAUCCUCGCCUACAUCAUGUUGAUGAGGGACGUCUCCGUCAAGGGCAGGAAAAGAUUCCCGACCCUGGAGCACUUGACCCACUACGGCGGCGUCAUCACCGGCGAAGAAAAAGAGCUGCUUGGUGUCGGGCGAAUCGGCGCCGGCGAUCCGCACUACUGGAUCCCCAUAUGCUGGAUAAUCACGAUGGUCAAGAAGUUCUACGUAUCGGGUCACGAGCAGAAAAAGGCGAAGAAAGACGCCAAAAAAGUCAAGUCGAUCAUGACGGAGAAGCAUUACAAAGAGUUCAUCUACCGGCUACUAAAAUAUCGCGGCGACCUCGGUGACGUGUUGUCGUUCGAUUUUGUGCCGAUGCCUUUAGCUCAAACCCAGCUGAUCACUUUCGUUUCGACGUUGUACGCCAUCCUGCUCACCGGCCAGGUGAUGGAUAUGGGCUUCAUCGAGCGGUCUUUCCUGCAGCAAUCCGUGUGGAUCAGCCUCUUUUACGUCUCGCUCAAGCUGCUCAUCUACGUGGGCUGGGUGAAGAGCUUUGAGGUCAUCAUGAAUCCAUUCGGCGAGGAUGAUGACGAUUUUGACGUCAGCCAACUGGUGGACAGACAUUGGCAGCUGUUGAUCCGCGUAAUGUUGGACCCGGUGACCGUGCCGCCAAUGACGGCAGCCUGCCUUCCGCCCGCUGUCCUGCCACACACCCUUGCCUCCAGGGCCCUGAUGCGAGAACGUGACGACGACCUCCUGCUAAAUUCGAUGAUCCAAGAAGAACUGCUCGCCCAGGGCCAGCUGCCGCACGAUGCUCGUGUC